AUGCCAGGACGCGUUGAUAUGUAUGUCAGGGAUGCCACAACAGGGGCACUCCGUCUAGCGACGCGAGCGGAGGAACAAGAAAAUCUUCGGCACAUGCCAGAGCGCUUCCGUCCAGAAGGGACGUGGAUCUUUGACGAGAACACCGGGGCUUAUCGCCAGGCUACACAAGCUGAGGCACGCGAGGUAAGCCGUGACGAGCCCAGCAACUGGCAAUAUGAGCACCAAGAACGUGAACGCGAACGCGAGAGGCAGCGCCGGAGGCGGAGGAGGCACAGGCGACGAAGGUUAAUGUUAUGGGGUUGCAUAGAUCAAUGA